UCACCAAGUCAUUUGAAUAUGCCCGCGUACGUACAUGCUCUUUGGCCUUUUGUUACCAUGAAACCUAGCUGGACGCCAAGUUCAAAGGUCGGCGCGUUGCGCACCUGGAAAUUAGAAAGACGUAAACAAACCGGGGAUCUUUAUACGGCUUUGGCAAAACACGUGUAUUUUCGCGUCAAAUUUAACAUAAACUUCCCAAAGACUUUCGUUUCGACGACAAUUUCUGGUGAAAGCAGGUUUCCCAGUGACGCCAGAUGUAUUCUACUGCCCCAUUUUCCGGCAAACAUCAUCGACAUCAUCGGAAAUUCAAGCAUCAGGGGAACCCAUACGGAUAACAACAACCAUGAAUACGUCAUGUUUUGUGGUUUGUGGGCUUCCAUUGUAUGAAGAAGAUGGCAAACUUAUGGACACUUUAGCUGCUCACUUUAAAAAACCCGCCAACGGUGGGGUGGACGUGUUGAAUAUGAUGAGAGGACCCAUCGGAACGGCACUAGUCUUGAUUUCAGACAAGAGAGACGAUCGAAAGUGGAUGUUCGAGAAGAAACACCGUCUAGAUUCGCUCGGCCCUUGCAGCAAUAUUCCAAUUUCCGUUGAGCAGUUGACUCCCGAGUUUGAGCAAACCGUGAUGAGGCAGAUGACAGAAGGCCUGGGGUUGCACACAAGAUACUGGGAACAGGUGCCACGGGGCCCUGCGUACGAGAUGUGUCACGAACCCAGGGGACUGGCGGUCAUUAUCAACAACAUCAACUUCAGCAAAGGCGGCCACACAACCAGGACGGGGGCAGAGAAAGAUACAGAACGACUAAGGGAGCUAUUUGAAGGGCUGAAGUUCACUGUGCGAUGCUACACGGACAUGACUUUCAUGGCUAUGAUGACAACCCUACAGCACGUUGGAGAAGAGGACCACUCGAAUUUCGACUGUUUCGUCUGUUGUGUCAUGUCUCAUGGUUCACAGGGAAAAGUCUAUUCCUCAGAUGACUUUUCCAUCGAACUUUCUCAGCUCUUGAAGCCAUUCAAUGCCAAAGAAUGCCCCACCCUCCUUGGAAAACCCAAACUGUUUUUCAUCCAGGCUUGUCAGGGGGUGCAUGUGCAAGAGCGCAUGUGCGUGGACUGCCCAUCCGACGUGACACCAGUGUUCCAAGUGAGUCAGGAAGCAGACUUCUUCGUUGGCCUGCCCACCGUGCCUGGGUGCGUGGCUCGGCGCGAUGAUGACGGGGCUCCUUACAUCUACCAUCUCACCAACGUUUUCAGAGAGUUCGGGGAAAUCUACGACUUGUCCACGAUGAUGACGAUGGUGGCCAAGAAAAUGGACCCCAUUGGGGUUUCGUCUAACUAUUCCACACUCAGAAAGAGUGUUUACUUCAAUCCGGAGUAACAUCAUACCCCAAGCGUCUGUCAAGAUACUCCACUUGCACAAAUAAAUGGUGAAAAGUUUGACUGAAAUUUCAUUCUAUUAAAGGAGGCGUGAUGUCUACAAUACGCGUGCGGCAUGCAAUCUGAUCGUGGACAGAACUUAUAGCAAACAUAUCACUAUCUCCUUGAUGUAAAACAAUGCAACAACAAAGGAUGUAACAAAUACUUUAACAGGAUUAAGAAUCUUUUACUUAUGUUCUUAUCAGUAUAUUAAGUUAUUACAUGAUGUUUUGUUAUCAUCAUCUGUAUAUAUAUGCUCUGUUCAUUUAAGUUAUUUAUAUUUUGUCAAUAUUAUUAUUUUUGUAUUUCUUUGCAUACAAAGCCAAGAUUAGCUUUCCAUUGUUUCAUGUCGACCCCUGACCUCUCAGUUUUAAGAUACUACAGUACAAUCAAUUUUGUCUAAUUUUUUGUUCACAAAUUUUAUAAGUUCAUUUAAUUGUAUUCUAGAUUGACUCCAGACAGAAUAGACUAAACAGUGUAGCACUAAUGGAGAUCCAAAUAAAACAAUCAAGCAAAUACAAAAAUAGCAAUUGUUUCCCUUGUUUACUUCUCUUGAAGUAGUAUAUUGCAUUUAGAGUGUGUAACGUCUUGUCAAAUAAUGUUUUACACCAUCAUACAUGGUAGUAUCAUUUCCGCAUUUGUAAAGUCAUAUACAAAAGUUCAUUUCAUUAUGUUUGUAACAAUUUGUAGGCCAUUGUUUUAUGUCGCUACAAUGUUGUCACAGCAUGGU